AUGAUGCACAGAGUUACCCUCAAGAAGCAAUGAUUUGUAGGUUCAAAAUCUACCAACAUUGAGAAUUCUUACCGAUUCGACGCUGAGCUUGGAAGUGGAGCAUAUGGGAAGGUAAUAAAAGCAACUAAUUUGAGUAGUAACCAACAAGUCGCUAUCAAGAUGGUCCAGAAAAAUAGAGUAAAAGACUACAAGACCUUCAACAAAGAGCUCUCAAUUUUAAGAGUCAUGGUAACCUUAACUUAGGACCACCCAAAUAUCGUAAAGAUCCUCGAAACUUAUGAAACAGACAGAAUAUGCUACUUGGUCAUGGAAUUAUGUGAAGGUGGGGAACUCUUCGAUAGAAUUAUACAAGAAAAAAACCUUUCUGAAGCACAUGCAGCUUUUAUUAUGAGAAAAUUAUUUAGUGCCCUAUCAUAUUGCCACGAUCAAGGCAUUUGCCAUAGAGACUUGAAGCCAGAAAAUCUUAUGUUUUUGACGAAAAAUCCAGAAAGUGAUAUAAAACUUAUAGAUUUCGGACUCGCGAAAGAGGUGAGUGAAAGCUUAGUAAUGCAUAGAUUUAAUGGGACUCCCUACUAUAUAGCGCCUGAGGUCCUCUCAAGAAACUACUCAUAUGAAGUAGAUUGCUGGUCUCUAGGUGUAAUUAUGUACGUUAUGCUUUCUGGAACUCCUCCAUUCAACGGAAGAAAUAAUGAAGAAAUACUUAUGUCGGUAUACAAUGGAUCUUAUUCAUUUCGUCCAAGAGCUUUUCAAAUGGUAUCGAACAUGGCUAAAGACUUGAUAGCUAGGCUUCUUGUAAAAGAUCCACAACUUAGAUACACUGCAAGAGCUGCAUUUAACCACCCAUGGAUCCGAGGACUUGCACCUCUGCCAGAAGUUCCUUUGAGUGUAGAAGUUUUCAUGGAUAUCAGCCAAUUUGUUUCGUCAGAAAAUUUAAAAAAAGCUACCUUGAUGUUUGUAGCCUCUAGGCUUUCAGAACGAGACCUUGAUCAGCUCAAAGAAGUUUUUAUCGCAUUUGACAAAGAUGGUGAUGGGCUACUUUCCAGAGCUGAAUAUGAAGCAGGAUUACAACAAAGUGGGAUUUAUCUUGACAAAUCAACAUUAGACAAUAUGUGACAUAUAAUAGAUUCUAACAAAAACAACUUGAUCGAUUAUACAGAAUUCCUUGCUUCUUGCUUGCAUAACCAGCAGUACUUAGACCGAGGGAUCUUAAAAACUGCUUUUGAGUAUUUUGACAUGGUAAAAUGUAUUUAGGAUGGAAAUGGACUUAUUACGCAUUCAGAACUGAGGAGCGUGCUCAGGGAUAGAGAAGUCACGCUAACUAUCAAAGACCAAAAGGUAGAAGAAAUGAUUAAAGAGGUAGACAGGAAUGGGGAUGGGUAUAUAGACUAUCAAGAAUUUCUGCAAAUGAUGGCAGGAGGAUCGUAA